AUGGCGAUUCGCAUGUUUCAAGGCUUACAAGCCGCUUCAGACACGGCCUUGACGUCUCAAGGUCAUGCAUCCAAAACUACACAGUUGCGAAAGAUGGUAUGGAAGCGCGAAAUCCAGCGACGAACGAUUUGGGCCUGCUUUAUCAUGGAUCGAACGAUGAGUUGUGGUAAAGAUCGCCCAUCGAGCCUGGACAUAACUGCAAUGAAAAUACACCUACCUGCGAGUGAAGAUGACUUUGAUCUUGGAAUUACACCAUCCGAGUCUAUCACAUACAAUCAGCUUAUAGAUCUGAAUUCGACCGAUAUUAAUGGGAGACUUACCAUUGCUGACUACUACACAAUCACGAUACGAAGUCUCGAUAUUUGGUCACACACGUGCAAGUGGAUGGCCGACGGUGGCCGCCGGCAGGUCUCUGCCCUUGGAGCGUGUCCGUGGGAAUCGGGCUCUACAUGGUAUCAGAUCCAGACCGAGUUGGACCAGUGGCGGGAUAUGCUACAUGUUCGACUAAAAUACCCGGAGACGCCCCUCUGCAUAUAUGUUCACAGGCGGCAGGGAGAGCGUUUUGCGUUUGUGAAUCUGAUCUACUAUCUAACGUACGGUGAAAUCUGGUUCUCAGCCUGUUCAACAGAUGAAUGCUGA